CGGCAGAGUGAGAGAGAGAGAGAGAGAGAGACCGACUCGGCGGGAGUUGCUGUUGACAACUCGCCGUUGGCUGGGCCUCACCGGUGAGAGGCGGGUUUAGACCGGUUUCGUGCCGCUACAGCUCCGAAGACAGGGUUGGCGGUGGGAGGAAGAAACAGACGGAAGGAUCGGAAUCCACAAAAUGAUGGCAGAAGAUUUAGACCAAUUUCUUGAAGAGCAAAAAGCCAAGUUGGCACAAGACAAGGCAAAACUUGAAAAUGAUCCACCUUACAUGGAAAUGCAGAACAAAAGUACUGAAAAGCUUUCAGAGACCAGCAAAAUGUUAAUAUCCAUGGCUAAAGAAAAUAUACCUCCAAAUAGUCAAGAGACAGUUGUACACGACUAUGGGUUAAGCCUGCCUCUUGGUGAAGAAUAUGAACAUAAAAAACACAAGUUGAAGGAGGAGCUUCGGCAAGACUACAGGCGUUAUCUUUCUCAGGGAAUUUCACAGGCAAAAAAGAAAAAAUAUCUUACACCUGGUGAAGUUGAUCCAUACACUCAGGGACUUUCUCUUCCUAUUGGUGACAGGAGAUCUGCUAAGGACAGGUUAAGACUUGAAAGAAACAAGGAAUACAAUCAGUAUCUCAGGGGAAAAGAGGAGUGGAAUGAAAAGUUAAAGAGAGAAGAAAAGAGGCACAUAGAGCGUGACCCAGACACACGGAGAAAAGACACGGCAGUUAACAGAGUCCAGUCAGAAUUACUUAUGCCCAAUUCAUCCUUGGGAAGAGAUGAAGAACCCCUUAAGAAAGAUGCUUGUAUUUCUACUGAAAACUAUGAAGGGCUGUCCAACAGUAGAACGUCAUUAGACCAGCAUUACAGACCAGAUAAUGAAAUUGGAUCCGGGGACCAUGUAUUGCACAAAAAGCUUGAUGAGAAUUUGAACAUUUCCAACAAAAAGCACCAAAAGCUUGAUAACAAACCUUGUAUCUGUCAUCGAAAGCAUCAUAAGUUUGAUUAUGAUCCUGAAAUCAGUGACGAAAUGGAUCCUAGAUUUCGAUAUGAAAGUGACUAUGACAAAAAGCCUUUGCGAGUCUUUCAUGCUCAAAGAAGUCAAGGUAAUUCCCCUAUUAAUGAGCAGCCGCAGCAACCACCAUAUGCCACAGGACUCAUAAUUGGAGGCCAAGACAGAGAGCUUAUUCAGAGAAGAAAAGAACAAUAUAGACAAGAAUUAAUGGAGCAGAUUGCUGAGCAACGGAGAAAUAAGAAAUGUGAAAAGGAGCUUGAGCUCCGGGUUGCUGCAUCUGGAGCUUUAGACCCUGAGAAACUGCUAAGUGAAGAAAAGCCUAACAGAUUGAGAGAAUUUGGAUUAACACCACGAAUAUCUGAGGAGAGAAUACCACCAGAAAAACCAAGACCAGCUUUUCAGACACCAACUCCUGGACCUAUCUCUAUAUCUGCACCUCCUAUCUCACCCAUGAAUGAAGAUUUUCACAGAGGGCUAUCUACAACUCUUGGAGAAAUAUUGGCACCCAGAAUUGCACCCCUACCACCUCCACUGCCUCCACAAAUUAUGCCUGAUAAUUACAGAACUCCUUAUGACGAUGCAUACUACUUCUAUGGUGCAAGGAAUCCUUUGGAUCCCAACCUUGCAUAUUAUGGCACAGGUGUCAUGGGGGUACAACCUUCAUCUGCACCUCCCCCUGUUAAUGCUGUUCAUAGACCUGCUGCUGUGUCUCUAAGUAAAAUUGGUGCAAAAGUUACAAAUGAUAGGCCAAGAGGACUGGGAAUAUUUCCUGAAGAAAAAUCAAAGCCUACAAGAGAUAUUUGUUUAAUGUAUCAGCAAGAACUACAGCAGCAGAUAAAGGAAAGAGAAGAACGGCGCAGGAAGGAAAAGGAGGAAAAGGAACGGUAUGAAGCCAAAUUAGAAGCGGAAAUGAGAAGUUACAAUCCUUGGGGAAAAGGAGGUGGAGGUGCUCCUCUGAGAGAUAAAAAGGGAAAUCUCAUAACUGACUUGAAUAUGAUGCACAAGCAAAAUGAAGAUGCAUAUCAUAAUCCAGAGGCUCGAGUAUAUGAAGAUAAAAGGGCUAUAGUGUCUGUUGACCUAAGUCUGGCCUCUCCAAGACUUGAAAAUACAGAUGACUCUACAAAUAAAAUAGCAGGUUUUACAUAUGCACAAACACCCCAGUUUGCCCGUGGCAACGUAUUUGGCGAGACUCCAACCCCAGAACAAAUUAGGAGGCAAGAAUCCUACAAGAACUUCCUUCGUUUUCAGAUUGAAGAGAAAAAAAUGAGAGAAGAAGCAGAGCGUGAAAAAAGAAGACUAGAAGAAGAAAAGGAAGAAAAAAGGCUGGCCGAGCAGAGGGCUAGAAUAGAAAAAGAAUAUGAAGAAGAACUGGAAAGGAAGAGAAGGAAAGAAGAAGAGCAAAGAUUGAAAAAUGAAGAAUUGUAUAAGUUAGCUGAAGAGAGGAGAAAAGAGGCAGAGAAAAAAAAGUUAGAAGAAGAAGGAAAACAAGAUAAACAGAAUAAUGAAAUUGAGAGGCGUAUAGUAACUGAAGAAGAUAAGAUUUCUAGACAGCCUUCUCCUCUUAUUCCGUCUCUUCAAAAUAAACCAUUAGUAAAAGAAGAACGCUCACUUUUGAUGGAGAGUCGAACCUCUUAUUAUACACAUGACAUUCCGAGAGUUCCAUCUCCUCCUGUGCCAGCUAGAAGAAAUCAGCUGCGUGCCUAUGAAGAAAGGAAGACUGUAAUAACUGAGCUGUCGGAGAUGAGGAAGCAACUCCGCAGUGAAGAGCGGCGGCUCCAGGAGCAAUUAUUGAAAGUACAUAGCGAUGAUGAUGAUGACCUGUCAGUGAAAGGGAGGAAAGAUAAAAAUUACUUGGAUGUAUUUGAGAUGGCCAGACUUCGUAUGCAAGCUCCAGUCAGACGACCGUUAUCAAAGGAUAUUGCUGAUCCUGUCAAUGUACAAAAUAUCCGUGAAUUUAAUGAACUUAAAUACAAAGAUUCAGACUCACGAGUGGAAACUAGAUACAUGUAUCCUGACCCUCCCACUAACGACGAUGCCCUGGACAUUCAGCAGCAGGCAUUGCUAAGAGAGCAGAAAAAGAAACUAAAAAAAUUGAGGAGGAAUGCAGAAGCUGUCCUAGAUUUUGAUGGUCCUGAGUCUGGCUAUAAAUCAAGGCAGCGGGGAAUGGUUAUGGACAAUGAGUCAAAUGAAUUUCUGAAAAACUCACUUUUGGAGUCUGAAAGUGCUUUUAUUGGUGCUGAUGGUGAGACAUUUCCUCCUUUAGAAAUACACACAACUCCUCCGCCACCUCUCUCUGCAAGAGAAAGGAGGCGAGAGAAGAAAAAGGAUGAUGCCCCUUUAAGGGUGACUCCACCCCCACAAUCUGACAGAAGCUCUCUACAUUCAAAUUCUAGUAUUAAUAUAGAUCAACUGAAAGCCAGAAAUGAAGAACGGCUGCAAAGAUUAAAUGAGCUGCGGAAGAAGGCCAGUCAUAUAGCUGAUGAUAUUUCAGUGGGAAAUGCUGAUGAUAUCCUGAAGGAAUUGCCAUUGAAAGAUGUCAGAAGAUCCAACUCUGUUGACACGGUGGCAACUGAACCAUGGCUGAGACCUGGGACGUCGGAAACCCUGAAAAGAUUCAUGUCUGAGCAACAGUCGAGUCAAGCUGAGCUUCCUUCUGAGAGGAAUGUACCCUUCAAUUGGCAGGGGCUGUCAACCGCUCAUGGCUGAAUAAAUUCUUUAGUGAAGCCAGUUGUGCCUUUUAAAAAGGAUAUUUCUCCACUAUUGCACUUUGAUUUUUAACAUAUUAUAUAAAUGUAUAAAAGUAGAAAUGUAACAAGUCUAGUAAACAGGCAGGGAAGUUGAUUGUGACAUUUCACUCCUUUGAAAUUAACACUUCAGUAUGUUACUGAUUAAGAUUUAAACUUGGAGUCUUGUACCAAGUUAAUGCUGAAAGUAUCAUGUCAGAAUUGAUAACACAAAUAUAUAUUAAAUGAAUGGCACAUGACCAAACCUUUCCCAUUUAAUUUUCAGUUAGCUUUCUUUCUGAAAAAUAGAACCAACUUCAGCUGUUACUAUAAUAGUCAUAAGUACAGGGGCUUAGAUUCCUGAGGAACACAGUAGAUGCUAAGGAAACAACAUGGGAAUCAAAACUGUUUUUGUAGCUUAAUAUUUAGCCCACACUUUGUGUUCAGUCAUUUGUUCUGAACUGUCAAACUACUGACCUCUUGUUGUGUUUUUUAAAUGUGAGUGCUACCAAAUGUAUUUAUAAUGAUUUUAAGAUAAUAAAGUUUAUUUUAUUACA